UCUGGGGGGGUUUUCCUGCCCCACACCAUGCCCGAGCCUGGCACCAUCUCCAGGCUCCGGCUCUCCGGGCUCUGCUUCCUCCUCCAAACCUUCACCAUCCUCCUCUUCGCUGCCUUUGUACGCUUCAGCCCCGAGAGCAGCCCCGGGCACUGCUCCCAGCCCCCCAACUGCAGCCGGAGAGUCCAGGAAUCGGGAUUGCAGCUCCCCCGGUUCCGGGAUGUCCACCUCCAAACUCUCCUUGGCUUUGGGUUCCUGGUGGCCUUCCUCAGCCGCUCUGGACCGGGCAGCGUGGCCACCAGCAUCCUGGUGCUGGCCUUUGCCAUCCAAUGGGCUCUGCUGCUCCAGGGCUUCCUGCACCACUUCCAGAAUGGCAAGAUCCACAUGGGAGCUCAGAGCAUGGUCCAUGCUGACUUCGGAGCUGCAGCCGCCCUCAUCUCCACUGGAGCUGUGCUGGGCAGGGUGAACCCUGCACAGAUGCUGGUGCUGACGCUGCUGGGAGUCACCCUCUUCACCCUCAAUGAGUACAUCCUGCUCAGCCUCCUGGGGGUGAGCGACAGCGGCGGCUCCGUCACCGUCCACACCUUCGGAGCCUAUUUUGGCUUGCUGGUAUCCCGGAUGCUGCGCCAGCCCCACGGGGACCAGUGGGAAGAGCAGCAGGACACAGGGCACCCACCGGAUGUCUUUGCUGUGGUCGGAACCAUCUGCCUGUGGAUCUUCUGGCCCAGCUUCACCACUGCCACCAGUGCCCAUGGCAGCGCUGAGCCCUGGGCACUGCUCAACACCUACUUCUCCAUGGCAGCGAGCACCAUGGCCACCUUUGUCCUCUCACCUGUUCUCUAUGACAAGAGCACCCUGCACAUGGUUCAGAUCCAGGAUGCCACCGUGGCUGGUGCAGCCGUGAUGGGUAUGGCUGGGGAGAUGCUGGUCACCCCCUUUGGGGCGCUCAUCGCAGGGUUCCUGGCUGGUCUGAUCCCUCCGCUUGGCUUCAGGUUCCUCACGCCCUUCCUGCAUUCCAGGCUCAACAUCCAGGACACGUGUGGGGUUCACAACGUCCAUGGGCUGCCCGGGGUGCUGGGCGCCUUGCUGGGAACGCUGCUGGCAGGACUGGCAACGGCAGAUGCCUACGGUGGCAGGCUGGAGCUGGUGUUCCCGCAGCUGGCCGGGGGCGGCCGGAGCCGCACGGAGCAGGCUCUGCUCCAGCUCAGCGCCCUGCUGCUGUCACUGCUGCUGGCCGGGCUCGGGGGCUGCCUCACGGGAGCCGUCCUACGGAUGGGAGCGCUGGGAAUGGCCUCGAGCGAGCGGUGCCUGCAGGACAUGGAGGUGGAUGAGGAAGGAGGUGAGCACAGAAAGGAGCCGGGUACCAGCACCUUGGUCUGAUGAGGCCGCAGUGAGCACCAUCGGUUGAGCCCUUUGCCAGCAUCCCCAGGGCUGGGAGGCUUCUGCCAGCCUGGCUUUCCCAAUGGGCUGCUCCGCUCCCGAUGUGGGAGCCAGAUCCUGGUCCUGGUUUGGGCACAGGCAGGUGCCCCACAGGCCUUUGUAGGGUGAAGAGAUGCUGCGGGGAGCUGGGUGCUGCAGUGGGAGCCAUCAGCUUGUUCCAGGGACACCUCAGCCACUUCCCCUCUCUGCUUUGUGCCUCGGGGUCCUCAUCUACUGCUCUGCAAGGAGAGGAAGGCGAUGCCAGGGGCUGUGCUGAGGUACCCAGCCCCACAGAAAAGGUUUCCUAUGGACACUUUUGUGCACAAUGAUUAAAACACAGAGAUUUUGUAGCUUCA